AUGUAUUGGAUUCAAUGUAUUGAAAAUGGACCUCGUCGAGUGAAUCAUGCUGCAGGAGCAUUAGAUGAUUUUAUUUAUUCGUUUGGUGGUUAUUCUGAUACAGAAGAUUAUACACAAGUUACUCCAAUUGAUAUUCAUAUAUUUAAUAUUCAUACAUUAAAAUGGUAUUUAUUACCAAAACCUCAACGAAAUAAUCCUCAAUAUAAUGUAACACCUUUUUCACGAUAUGGACAUACAAUUGUUGUUUAUAAACGAAAAUUUUAUUUAUGGGGUGGACGAAAUGAUUAUCUCGGAUCAUGUAAUCGCCUAUUUUGUUUUGAUCCUAGAUCUCGUCAAUGGUCUAUUGUAUCAAUCGUUGGUGAUUUUGUUCCAGCUGGUUGUGAUGGCCAUUCUGCAUGUAUUAUUAAUGAUCGAAUGUACGUUUUUGGUGGAUUUGAAGAUCAUACUCAACAAUUUUCUAAUGAUCUUUUUUAUUUUGAUUUUAAUAAAUCAUCUUGGCAUUGUCGUCAUUCAAAGAUAGGUGAUAUUAUUCCUCAACAGCGUGAUUUUCAUUCAGCAACAAGUUUAGAUGGUCAAAUGUAUGUAUUUGGUGGAAGAUUUGAUCAUAUUGGACAUCAACAAACAGCACAAUCUAUUUAUGAUAAUAAUCUUUAUAUAUUUAAUCCUGAAGAUAAUUUAUGGUCAGUAGUUACAACAAGAGGAGAAAUACCAUCUGGAAGAAGAUCACAUUCUGCUUUUGUUCAUGAUGGAAAAUUGUAUAUAUUUGGUGGUUAUAAUAAUGUAGUUGGUAAACAUUUCAAUGAUUUAUAUGAAUUUAAUCCGUUAACAUUAUUGUGGCAUUGUAUAAAAGUUCAUGGUAUUGAAAAUCCUGUUCCUCGUCGACGACAAUGUUGUCUUAUUAUUGAUAAUCGAAUGUAUAUGUUUGGUGGAACAAGUCCAAUAUCAGCAUCAACAAAUAUAAAUUAUACAGAUGAAAUACAAAAUACUGAUCCUGUUGGAACAAUACUUUAUGAUCAAAGUGAUCUUUAUGUUUUGGAUUUUGCUCCAACAUUAAGAACAUUAUGUUUACUUUUUCUUGCAAAACGAAGAAUUAAAAUGAAUAUUCUUCCAAAAAGAUUUCAUCAAGAAUAUCAACUUUUUGCAAAAUCAACUUUAAUUCGACAACGUUUAACAGGAGAAACCAGUGGAUAA